GAGCCAACCUGGAUGCAAGCAAUGAGGAGCACCUGCAAGAGGUUGAGGAGAUCAGGAAGGAGUUGGCGGAGGCUUGGUUGACAAAGCGCAAGUCAGCAAACUGGCAGUCCAUUUUCCGAGCGCUGAACAUGGUAGAGUCCACCUCCGAUAACGAGAUCAGCAGCAACAAGACAGAGCUUUCCACGCCCAAGCGUGUGAAAAAGGAGUACUUGAAAAGGACACAUAAAGUGAAGAAAGAAGCGCACGACUCUGCGCGCACUCCACAUCGAAGGACAGGGCCAGUAGAGGUGCUUGAUUUGUGCACGCCAGAAGGAAAACCAAAUGUGAAGCCGAAGAUUGAAGGCUGUCGCCCAGCUCCAUCUUUUCCAAAGCCAGAGAUGACUUCGGGUGCUUUGAUUGCUCCUCCUCAAUCUGUUCCACCGAGUCUCCAGACUAAGCACGGCUCAGUGAAAGACGAUCGGGAGGCCGCUGGCAAUGACCAGAUCACUGCUAAGCCGAUCACUGUCAAGAAGAGCGAAGCCAAAAAGGAGAAGCAGAGCGAAGCCAAAAAGGAGAAGCAGAGUGAAGCCAAAAAGGAGAAGCAGAGUGAAGCCCAAAAGGAGAAGCAGAGCUGCGCCAAGGUAAAGAAGAACCCGAAUUUCAAGGAGGAUAUCCAAAUGUUGCCAGCGUGUUCACAGGAUGCCGACAUUGAGCCUGAGGUUGUGAAGCACGAAUCCAUUGAGGAUGAGUCUCUCCUUCAAAUCGUUCCAGCAAAUCAGCGGCGGCGCACUUGCCAAAAGCGUCCCAAGACAGAGCGGGAAGUGCGACUUGGCUUGGUUAGGAAGCUCUUGGCAAGAUUUGGAGUUUCUUACGCCAAAUGGCAAGCAGCCCACUGGGCUCAGUCUGGAUCAAAGAAAGCUGCAGCAUGUCCUGAUGGCAAGUUUACUGAUCUGCAAUCAAGCCAGCUGACUGCAGAAACGAGAUCCAAGAUUGAGUGCCCUGCAUGCCGCUCUCUUCUCCGAGAAUCAGGCUUUUGGGAACAGGACAUUGAGACCUAUUUGGAGAAUGGACUUCAAGAGGAUGCCGAGAAUGAGGAUGCCAAUGAAGACCUGGCAGCAGAAGCACCACCUCCGUGUGAUGAGGAAGACAAGCUUGACGAAGAUGACGAGGACACGGACAUGAAGUUAGAUAGACUGGCCCGCAGAGUGUUGCCAAGGUCUGAAUGGAAGUACUACAAGCAGCAGAUUCCAGUCCGUUGCAAGCUCUGCACCAGCAGGAAACAACGGUUUGGCAAGGUCGUGGAUAUGGUGGCGCCCACACUGAAGGCAUCCAAAUAUUUCUUGCAGCAACACAUUGAUUCAUCCACCCACCAGAGAUUUCAAGCUGCAAGAAGACAUGCCAGUGUGUCCGCAUCCUUGGAGGAAAAGGUGAAAGACGUAGAUUGCGAGGGCAUCAGCUUGAGCGACGAACAAUCAUCUCGAGGUCUCAGCCACUAUAGUCACCAUUUCAGAACCUGGCUGAGUUGGCUUUCGGAUUGUCCCGAAUUCAAAAAGCACCACUACUGCCUUGUCGAUGAUGGGACUACCUGGCUGAUCAGACAUGGAGAGUGUUUGAAACGGUGCCCUCAAGCUCCGCAUGGUAGAAGCAUUUGCCGCCUGUGCACCUCCAUUGUAGAGAAUGGCAGUCUGAAGAAGCGUGUUGUCCAGUGUGCCCUCAAGAAGUAUGCUGCUGAGCUUCUAAGGACAAGACUCUUCGAGACUUCACAGCAGGUGGCUGACCUUCAAGGGAGAAUGCAGGAAGAUGUGCUGUGGCACAGGCAUCAAGACAGGAUGCAGAAGCUCCACACAUGGAGAGACUAUGAGCUUCAAAGCUGGGUACGUUCUACAUUUCUGUCAGUGAGAGUGGACAGAAGGAAUGAGAACUACACAAGCUUUUUAGAUACAGUCGUCGCACCAUGUUGCUCGCUCAAUGUCACAUCUGUCGCCAAUGGCAAGCCUCAGUUGAUGCAAGUUCAACAGAUCUUCCAGAAGUUCCUCGAGGAUCUUUUGAUCUGUUGCUUAUUUUGUAUAUACUAA